CAAGUUCCGCAACUCCGAAGCUAGCCACUCGCAGGCUCACUCUACACUUGUAUCUUGGAUCACAUACGCUCUCAUUUCUUUCUGGGGAAUUCUCCCGUAGCCACAUCUAUCCUUACAAUAAUCUGUUCAUCUUUGCUUCCCAGCCUCGGUGUGCGAAUUCCGCCCGCCUCAUCAUCACCGUCAUUAGCUGCUAUCCGAACCAUCUGUACACGACCCUAUCUCACUCUAGCGCUCCCUCAGGCCACCCCUGAUACAUAAUGUCUUCGUUCGCGAGUCUCAUGAAGAAAGCGGCCGCAGUGGCUGAGAAAUCUUCCAAAGAAGCGGCCGUCAUUCUAGCUCAGCGUGAAGAGGAAAAACGUAAAGCACGUCUUGAGCAAGAACGGCGGGAAGCCAAGGAACGGGAAUUGCGUCGUCUAUUAAUCCUGCGUGAGGCCGAGGCUCGCAAGAAGGCCGAACAAGAUGAGCAACGCAAGCGAGAAGAAACAGCACAGAAAGAGAAAGAAAAGUUGCUCAAACCUUCUUCUCCGUCCUCUGUCCUGUUGGCUCGCAAAGCCACUCUGAAUGACAAAUCAAGAUCAUCAUCGCCCAGAACUACACACCUCACACCUUCGUCUUCGUCUCAUGCGCUUACACGCGAGGAGAAGCGCGCCUUGGCAGACCCCUUGCUCCGUGAAAAAGUAUUGAAGUCCCGGUCUAGCGGCAGCGGUUCGAAGAAGUAUGGUGCCCGUCUCCCUGGAGGUGCGAUCAACCGCAAAUCGACCGCUUCAUCAUCCCAGCCAGCUGGGACGUCCGCGCGAGCUCGGAUCGCAGCAGAUUUUCAAACUCUGACACCCCUUAAUACCGUAAGGAGGGAUUUACGGAGUAUUGAUGAAAUUACUCGUGACUUGGAGAAUCGCCGCUUCGGCGCGUCAGUAGAGAAAGUGGAACUCGUUGGACCAGAUGCGACACAUUUCACGGAUUGGUUCAGCAAGUCUAAAAAGGAGCGGGAAAAGGAGGCCGCAGAGGAACGUCAGCGAGACGAAGAAGAGGAGAAGGCGGAGAAAGCUCGAAGAGCAGAUCAAUCACAGUCGCAACCACAACCGAAGAAACCGGUUCUACCAUCUGGAAAAUCAUUGACCCCAAAAUCCAGCACGCCACAGCCGCCACCAAAAUCUGCUCAUACAGCGUCGAGUCGGCUACCCACAAAAUUGCAGAUCACUGCAACAGCUACUCCUUCCAAGUCGCUUCCGCAGUUAUCGUCCCCGAAGAGCAAGGCUUAUGCAAUGAACGCUGCCAAUGCGGGUCGGUAUGGAAUGCCCGGUGGUGCACGCACCCAGGAACCGCAAUCCACCAGACCAAGGACCGAAAAAUCUGCAUCUCCUAAACGGUCUCGUCCUGCCUCACAGUCUGAUUCCGAAGACUCCGAGGUGAACCUCGAUCACUCUCGGCCCUUGCAUCCGGCUAAGCGGAAGAAGACUCACUGUGGGGACGAUGAUGGUGGUUAUGUCGUUGGCUCAAUAGCUGCAAUGUUUGGGCGUGAUUUGCGGCGGGAUGCGGCUCGGGACUAUGAAUCUGAAGACGAUCACGACGAUUACGAUGGCCCAAGGGAUUAUGCUGCUAUAGAGAGAGAGGAACGAAAGAGUGCAAAACUCGCAAGGAUGGAAGAUGCUCAGGCGGAAGAGGAGGAAAAGCGACGAGAGGCGGAAAAGAAGAGGAGGAGGCUUCAGAAACUCAAGGAACUUCAAAGAAAUAAGGAUUGAGGGACAUUUUCGUUGGUUGACAUACGUUUCACCAUGCAUCUUCCCACAUAAUUACGCAUUUUACAGCAUUUAUUCUGAACACACUCGCUUUUGGACAUUAAGAAUUACGGGCUGCAUUUGUAUUUGUAUAUACAGGCAAUUAGACGACAACAGAAAGCAUGUUACUACACUGUGACUUUACAACAUCAUGUUUUCGC